AUGUUUGCUCGAGAAAAAAUCAGUACAUGUUCGUUUAUUGAAUCCUCUGAAAAGCCACCAUAUGUACGUAGUAUUGACGAUAAUAAGUGGAUUAUAUCUGUAGCUGAAGAUCUUUAUUGUUUAAUGAGAGAUAGCGAUGAAAGUAUGGAUGAAAAUAUGGAUGACAUAGAUAAUGACAAUGAUAAUAUAAUCAUUAAAAAGUUUGCUAUUGUUAAUUUACCAUGCAAAUAUGAAUUAAAUUGUGGUAAAAAAAUACAACUAAAAAACAUGAAAUGUAAACGUAAUUCUGUUAUGGAUUAUUAUUUAAUUAGUAACGGUGAUUAUUUCAAAAGCGAAGAAUUGAUUAAAUUACUGGAUGGUAAUCAAAUAAACGAGUCGCAAUUACUUGCUUUCGUCAAUGAUAAAAAUCAUAUUAACAUAAUAAGCAAAAACUUAUCAAAAAUUCAAUCUGAUCAAAAGAACAUCAAACAAUCACUGGAUUUAAACGUAAUGAAAUUACUUUACAAAAAUACUAAAUUUGAAUUUCUAACAGCAGUUACAUUAAUAAUUAUUCCAGUAUUUGUUGUUAAUUGUGUAAUUAUUAUUCUGUAUGUUAAAUUAUGCUCAAAAAAACUGAUUAUAAUUGUUCCGACGAAAUGA